AUGAUCGUUCGUUUACUUCUUAUGGCCAUUCCUUUGGCAAUGGUCUCUGCCGAUGAAACAACCGUUUCCACCUCAACCUCCAUCUCUACUACUCCUAUUACCACUUCCUCUACAACCUCCACUACUACUACUCCUAUCACUACCCCCUCUACAACCUCUACUACUACUCCUAUUACCACUUCCUCUACAACUUCUACUACCUCCACCUCCACCAGCUCCACCUCCACCUCCACCUCCUCCACAUCUACCACUACCUCUGCUUCCUCUUCCUCUGCCUCUUCUUCUUCCUCUUCUUCCUCCGUUAGUACUAUGAUCUGGGUCACCGGGACAAUCAGUGGGGCCCUCGCCACUUAUGAAACUACCUUCAGCCAAACUUUUAUGAGUACCUACACCUCGGCUACUGCCGUUGAUAGCGCGGCUCUUACCAGCACUUGGGAUUACAGCAGUGCUUUGGCGAGCAAGUCUUCUGCUGACGCUUCAUCAUCCAAUGCUGGGGUGAAAAGAGAUGAUGUUAUGAAUAAAGUCAUGGUUGGCGGGGCUGCCCUUGCUGGUAUCAUGUUGAUUUGA